UCAACCUGAAGCUUCAGACCACAUUUCUUUCUUCCGAAGCCUUCAAAAGCUUUAUAUUGGCCGUUUUAUCGUAACACAAACAAAUCCCACCACCCACCAAAACCUCCCUGCAGAUUGAUCAUUGACCAUGGAACAAAAAGAGAAGAAGAAGAAGAUCAAGAAGCAAAAACACCAGCACCCAAAUGGCCAAUCCACCAAACCGAGCUUAGACUUAUCUUUCAAGCCGAGCUCCGACGUCAAGGGUAUCCGGUUCGGCGGCCAGUUCAUCGUAAAAUCCUUCACGAUCCGGCGGGCUCGGUCUCUCGAACUACUUCAACUCCUUUCUUUUCCACCAACGAUUAAUACCAAACCCAACAACAACAACACCAAAAAAAUCCCAUUUCCUUCAACCGCAGCCUUCUUGCCCACCAACUUCACCAUCUUGGCACACCAUGCCUGGCACACCCUCACGCUAGGCCUUGGAACGAAGAAAUCCAAAGUUCUUGUAUUCGUCUUCGAAACGGAGACCAUGAAGACGGCUACAGACCGCGUUUGGCCAUCGGAGAUACCGCUCGGAGAAGUGAACAAAAGGCUUAUCAGGGGGUUGACUGGGUGCGAGAUGGCAAGGUUCAAAUUUAGAAAGGGCUGCAUAACCUUUUAUGUGUAUGCGGUUCGAAAAGUGGGCUGCUUCGGCUUCUCCUGCGCUGAGGAUCUGAGGACAAUAUUACAGUCCGUGCUUGAGCUCAAUGAUUUCUUCGAUCAUACUGCCAUGCUAGCCAUGCCCAACCAAAGAAGCAUCAGUUUUGCGCCUCCGGUGGCCAUGGCAGCUAACUAGCACUGAGGUGGAUGUUUCUGGACUAUACAUUCCGAGUUUGAAAGGGUAGGGAUGAUGCCAUGAUGCGUGGUGCAGACUGCAGGGGAUGGAUGCGAUGAUAAUGAUGAUGGGCAUGGGCGAGCAUGGUGACUUGGUGAGGGAAAAGGCUGUUUGGCAUGAUGGAAAGUGACGGGCCACCCUUCUCCAGUACCCCGGGAAUUAGGGUCUACAAAAGCUGAUAUGGGGAAAAGGAAAACAAUUCUUUUUCGUCUUCCCACCUCGAUCAGUGGCUUUAAUCUUGCCACUAGAAAGCCCCAUGCCAACCACCUUUUUCCACAGAAUAAGCUUUUUAAGUAAGGGUACGGUUCCAUGUUCAUGUCAUGGUAUAAUUCCUUGAAGAGAAAACAUGCUAUAUAUACGAAAUAUCACGACGGUGCAUCCUUACCAAAACUUAAGGAGAGCCAAGGGCAUACUCCAUGAA